AUGGGCCACACGGCUGACUCAGGCAUCAAGUGGGUGUUCCGGGGAAGUACAAAGGGUGCAACAUGCGACAACGAGCGACCCUUCUGCAGAAAGUGCCUUGUUAGCGGCAGAAAGUGUGCUGGUUACGAACGCGAGACGGUUUUCAUCAUCGGGACCCUCGAGGACCAGGGCCGUUGUUCCUCGCACCCGCCUCGAGUGCUGAAAGCAAAGAAGAGCAAGACGCCGCCAAAAACAGACGAGCCGUUUGACCUUGUACCCAUCGAGCCCCUUCGGCCUGCCUGGGACGAUGUGAUCUCGGUGACGCACCGCGGGAAGCACUAUCGACUGCACUUCGCCGCGCUUCGUACGAACUUGCAAACCAUUACAAGGGAAGACGCGAGCGGGAAUGGCGACAGCACGACUGGACUGGCCGUCUCGAUUUCGUUUCCGCCUUACCAGGCACUGGAUGUCCAGCCCGUGCUUAGCGAGGACGAUUUUCGGUUGACGGCGCAAUGGUUGGUGAACCUCGCAGCGCCGGACCAAGCCGGGAGCGCGGGUACACAGACGGCAGCCGAUGGCAUUUGCUUGUCUCUAUAUGAACAUAACAAUUCCGUCCGGUUCAGCAACCAACCGCCCUGGAAAGAUCCAUCGGUACAGCAUAACGCCGUGAGGAGGAUGGGCCCGGAGAGCUUCCGCUCAUUUCCCAACCACCACUCCUUCGUGCGAGUCUACCGGCCUAAUGCCCUUCGACUCAGCCCCCCGUGUCAAACACAGAUCUGGACCGCCCUCCUCAACCGUCUGCCAACCUUCCUCGCCGGGCCCGAGUGGACUUCCACUCCCUGGGAGUUCCACCCCAAAUCCCACUUCGACCACCUGUUUGACCUGCUCUCCCUGCUCCCGGGAAUCUUCCACCGCGCCGACACCGUCUUCUCCCACCCGCACACCAUGGCCCGGCGGCUCAUGGCACAGGACCUCCUGCGCAACUGCCUCGACAUUGAGCUCCAGCUCGACAGAUGGUACGCCUCCCUGCAGAUGCAGGCGGACCCUUCGUCUCGAAAUCAGCAGCAGCCCCUUUUGUGGCCGUCGAUCCCUAGUAGGACGGUAGGAGGAAUAUCCAACCCGGCCGACGGCAUGUAUAACUACCCCUUCCCUUCCGGUCCGGGCCAUUCGCCCCAGCCGGCCUUUGCCUUUGCCUCCUCCCCCGCCUCGGCCUCGGCCACGACGGCGCUCAGCCUGGUCUACUACUGGACCGCCCUAAGCCUGUUCUACCCACGGAUCUGGCACCUUUAUUGGACUGUAUACGAGCCUGUCUCCGAUGACAUGUACCACUUUACCCAGCACCACCAUCAACAUCAUCAAUCAGCAACGGCUACUACUAGUACUGGUAGUAGUAUAGACCCGAUGCGGUACUCCCCAAAACGGGUGUGCGAGCUGGCCAGCCUCAUCUGUCGCGGUCUGGACGCGGCCCUACCUGACCCUGACCUUGACCACAACCUGAACGAAGAGUGCGCCGCGGCAUUUCAGCCUGAUAUGCUGCUUGUGCCGCUGUGGGUGGCUGAGAAGUUUUGGACUGAUGUGGCCGACGGGGUGGUUCCUUCCAUUACUGUCGCUCCUACUACGGCUACCAGUACUACGGCUACCAGUACUACGGCUACCAGUACUACGGCUACCAGUACUACGGCUGCUACUGCUGCUGAUGUUGCUGCUGGGUGGCCUUCUGGCAUGGGAAUGGGAAUGGGAAUGAAUAUUGGAAUGGCGACAGCGGCAGAGGCGGAGGCACAGAUGGGAAUGGGCGGCAUGACGGGGCUCGGAGGAGGAAUGGGGGCCUUGGGUGAUCAACAAACUAACGGGGGGCUUCGGAGAGGAGGAGGAGGAGGAGGAGGAGGAGCAGGAAGCGGCAGAAGCCUGGACAUGGGUAUGGGCCCGGGUCCGGAUCCGGGAAUGGGAAGCGGCGGUGUCUACGCGGACGGCAGGCUGGAGGUGAUGUGGUGCGAGGGGUUUAGGGCGCGGGUGGCGCGUAAGGGGAGGCAUAUCCAGGAUCUUGUGCAGGGGCGGAGGUGGGUAGAUUUGGCGACUUUCUGA